CAGAAUGAGGCUCGUGAAAGUGAUAGGUCUUGUAGUGGCAGGCUUAAGCUUGUUGGUUGGUGCAAGCCAACAGAUAAGCGUGAAUGUGGGCACCGAAGAAGUUGACUUUUUCGACAACUUUUUGUCGCUGUUGAUGCGAGGUACAGUGGGACAAAACUACGCAAAAGUAGUCGAUAAGCUGCUGCAAAAUGAGACGUUGGUACUUGCGGAUAUCGUGGAGACUUCUAAUGCGAAGCUGUGUCUCUCGUGUCGACUAGUGUUCUACACCUUGAUCAAAAUGACUCGAAGAAGAGACAUUCCUAAAGCUACCGUUGAGGUCGUUGGAAGAACGCUGUGUCGGCUGUCGGGUCGCCCGAUCCAUGUCUGCAAUGGUAUCGCUAGGAUUAACAUUGACUCCCUCACUCACAUCAUCCAAGCUCGGCAAGAUCUUACCGCCGACGACUUUUGCCGUCAAACGAUGGAGGACGUUGGAUGUAGCGAUCGGAAAGGAUCUGAUACUAUCAGACAGCAGGUCGCGAUAAGCCCAAAAUCAAAAGAAUACAAGAUUUCAGGUAAGAUCGGUAAACCAAUGAAGAUCCUUCACCUUGGAGACAUUCACAUGGAUCAGGAGUACGUUAUUGGUGCGGAAAGUGAUUGUGAUUCCGGAGCUUGCUGUCGGUACAUCGACCCGUUCAGGGUGCGCAACAACAAGUGGGGUGACUUGGGACAUUGCGACCAACCGGCGUUCGCCUUUCAGCACGCUCUCGAGCAGAUGGCUGCGAAGCACAAGGACAUUGAUGUGAUCUAUAUGACCGGGAACAUUAUUCAUCAUCACGCGUGGGAUUUGACGAAGAGUUACGUCACGAGAGAUAUUAGGAAGGCCGCUGCGGUGGUUCGGGCCAAGUUGGCUUUCAAAGAGGUUCCUGUGUUCUUGGCGUUGGGACUGCACGACACUCAUACCUGGGGAAAGUUUUCUCCAGCGGAAGCUGGUGAUGUUGGCCAUGAGUACCUUUACAAAGAUUUCGAGGAUGUCCUUAAGACCAAGUUCUACGUACGCCCAGGACUUGAAUUCCCGACAAACCAUGAGGGAUAUUACAGCGUCAAAUUACGAGAAGGUCUCAGAGUGAUCGUUCUGAACAACAACAUUGCCAACAUCUACAACUGGUGGCUCCUGCACCCGACAAACACAUUCUACUUCCGCCAACUGCAAUAUCUGUACGACACACUCGAAAAAGCCGAACUCAACGGUGAGCGUGUGCAUAUUAUGGCUCACCUCCCUCCGCGAAGUGAGCACCUGCUGGCCGAUUGGACCGCUCAGUAUAGGAAAAUUGUGAACCGCUUCGCGCACGUAAUCGUAGCGGAGUUCAACGGGAACACCCACUUGGACGAGUUUAGGCUGUCGUACAGGGGUAAGGAAGCGAUUGGGGUAGCGUGGAACGCAGGGUCGCUGGCAGCUUACAGCGGAGUUAAUCCGAGCUAUCGAGUUUAUGAAGUGGACCCAAAGUCAUAUGCUGUGGAAAAUCAUCAAACCUAUUUUUUCGACCUUGAAGAGACCAAUAGAAAGAACCAGAAACCAUCCUGGAAGCUGGAGUAUGAUAUGAAAGCUGCGUAUAAUCUGCAAGAUCUAACGCCAUCUUCGUUACAUGAUUUAUUCACAAAAUUAAGCAAGGAUGAUGAUCUAUUCAAGAAAUAUCACUCAUAUCAGUUUCGAGGAGUUGGUCAAAAUUGUAGUGAAGAAUGUCGCAGGGAAACCCUUUGUAAUAUUGUUGGAAAUGAACUUUGUAAAACAUUGAUUUCCAAAUAAAUGCCAUUCGAAUGCAAAAUCGAAUCUGUUAAUAAUCGUAAGAUUAGUCACGUGAUGUGACUAGACGUAAUACUAGGAUGCUAAACAUUGCUAGCUUUAUCAGCAAGCGUUUAUUGACUCAAGUGACCAAAUGGUGUUCGUUUGUUUUCCUUAGUAAAAUUG